AUAAAAACCUUUAAUAUGCCGAAAACUAGCACGGUGCCUGGCUUGGCAGACCUACCAAGAGGAUCAUUAAAAACCUCGGCAGGUUUUCUCGAAGCUCGAAGAAAAAUCGACGGUGCCGAAGGACUAUGGAGGAUUGGCGACAAUCUCUAUGAUUUAGAAGCCUUUGCAAAAUCGCAUCCGGGUGGACCUGAAUGGCUUCGGCUGACGAAAGGAACAGACGUCACCGAGUUGUUCAUGAGCCAUCACAUCACGAAGAAGGCAGAACAGCUGCUGCAGAAAUUUUAUGUUCGUAAAGCCGCGACUCCGCGAACAGUACCCCUGACCUUCUUACCGGAUGGAUUCUAUCAAUCAUUUAAGAAUCGUGCGGUCGAGGCUUUGAAGGAUGUGGAUUUUCACAAUCCGUCCACAACAACAAACCUCAUCGCCGAUUUCUUAGUAACUACGACUUUUGUGUUGAGUCUCGUGGCUGCUCUCACUCACUCUUACAUCACUAUCAUUCUUGCCGGCAUUUUUCUGACAUGGACGACCAUCGCAGCGCACAAUUACUUCCACAUGAGAGACAAUUUUCGCAUGUAUUAUUUUGAUCUCAGCAUGGCAUCCUCGAAAAAUUGGCGCAUCUCACAUGUGAUGAGCCACCACAUGUACACCAACACCUUAUGGGAUUACGAGAUCUAUGUGGUCGAGCCGUUUCUACAGUGGUUUCCUCGUAAUGAUAAAUCCUACUUUGCGAGAGUGAUAAGCGAGAUUAUCAGUCCUAUCGUUUGGAUGUUGCUGUUCAUUACCGAAGGCUUAAAACGAUACUAUUCAGCGAUCACGGAGUAUGGAGUUCUUGAAUUUCGUGAUGUCGUACCGCUCUUGCUACCUCUGUCGAUGUAUUUGAUAACGUCCAACAUUCUCGUCGCUCUCAAACUGUGGCUAAUAAUGGUGCUAGUCAGCAGCUCUCUGUUCGGUCUGAUCGGCUUCAACGCGGCUCAUCAUCAUCCUGAUAUCUUCCAUGACGGCGAUAUCUACAGGAAUGACCUGGACUGGGGUCUGCUCGAGUUGGACGCUGUGCGCGAUCGCGAGGUGAUCGACGAUUCGCUCUUCCUAGCGCUCACGAAUUUCGGCUCGCACUCGUUGCACCAUCUGCUACCCACCGUGGAUCAUCACUAUCUGAAAUUGUGUAUACCAGCUUUCCUGCAGACGUGCAAGGAAUUUGGCGUCAGUUCGGACAGGUGGACGCAGUGGGAACUUAUGAAAGGACAAUUUAGACAGCUCGCGCGAACUGACGCAAGGAAGAAUCACAGGUAGCGCUCGUCUUCGAUAAUGAAGCGCUCUUGAUCGUCGAAUACCGAAUUUAUAUGCACUAAGUUCUUUAUAUAUUAAUUUUAUACGUAAGCAUUUCGGGCAAAUAAUGUUGAAUAUAAAUGAUAUAACUAAAAGAAUGUUGAAACCUGACGAAUUAUAAGUUUUAAGCGCAUAAGUUUUAAGAAUUGAGUUAAAAUUUUAUCCGAAUGUAUAGGAAAAAAGUGAAUUAACAAUGAUCAUUCCAAAUAAAAAAAAAUCAUAAAAAUACAGUACACAAGCCUCCAAGGAAAA